AUGGUGCCCAAACUAUCCAACAAUAUCGGGACGCUGGUUUCCGCGGCACCGGGACAAAAUAUCCAGACUGUCGAGUUUCUUCUGGGAAAAAAUGUCAAUUUUAAUGCCGCAGGCACCAAAUCGCUGUAUUAUACGGCACUCCAAGCUGCGGCACAUGCAGAAUCUUUGACAACUAUUGUUCAGAUUCUGUUGGACAAUCGUGCCAACGUCAACCUCGACGGCGGAAGCUACGGCAGCCCUCUGUGCGCCGCGAUCGAAGUCGAAAAUAUUGACAUGGCUAAACUCCUCAUCAAUGCCAAGGCCGAUGUCAACUACACUGGUGGUGAAAGGGGCACACCUCUGGAGCUCGCCCUAGUAAUUCGGUGUACGAGCUCGCUGAAAUGUGUCUGGAACAUGGGGCAGACACGAGUCUCGUCUCCCCGGGCACAAGUAGGACACCCUCGCUGA